UGUAUAAUGUCCCUUAGUCAACACAUACUUAUAGAUCACACCACCCACGGAAGUAUAAAUAUUGAGGAAGAACCACAUGAGACCAGCUUUACAGAGAGACAGAUUAUACAAGAUGAGGAUGACGAUCAGUGUGAUUUGCCUGCAGGUGGCCAUAGCAUUAUGUGUGACCGUGGUAAAUGGUAAAAUCCCUAUCAUCAUAGAAGGAGAAUGUAAUGGACCCAAUGAGGUUUAUAAUAGCUGUGGUACCGCGUGUGAAGUAACUUGUGCCAAUCGACUUAACCCACCUCAGUUGUGCAUGGACGUAUGUAACCCUGGGUGCUUCUGCCUCGGUGGUUACUUUAGGAAUAGUGCAGGAAUCUGUGUCCCUGAAAUUCAAUGUGACUCAGUGCAAUGUGAUGGGUUAAACGAGGAGUUUAAUAGCUGCGGCACCUAUUGCGAAGUGACCUGUGCCAAUAGACAUGAACCACCCAGGCCAUGUGUGGCAGCAUGUAAUGCUAAGUGCUUCUGCAAGCCUGGCUACUUAAGAAACAGUGCAGGGGUCUGUGUCCCAGAAAGCCAGUGUGAAAACGAAUGUAACGGACCCAAUCAGGUGUAUAAUUACUGUGGUCCCGCUUGUGAAGUAACUUGUGCCAAUCGGCUUAACCCACCCAGGGUUUGCAUAAUGCUAUGUAAACCUGGUUGCUUCUGCAUUCCUGGCUACUUUAAGAACAGUGCAGGAAUCUGUGUCCCUGGAAAAGAGUGUAAUAUAGGAAAAUGUUACAGACCCAAUGAAACAUAUAACAGCUGUGGUAGCUACUGUCCACUGACAUGUGCCAACCAAUUUCGCCCACCCAAGGUGUGCAAUAAAGGAUGUAACCCCGGGUGCUUCUGCAAUGCUGGCUACCUAAGGAACAGUGCAGGAAACUGUGUCCUCAAAAGAAACUGUGAUAAAGAAUUACUGAGUGAGGAUAAACAAACGAUAAACGAAUAAAGUGCUGUGAUUCCAAAUUUUAUUCAGACUGUAUGUCUUUUAAAAACUGCUUUCCUAAUAAAACAUUUGAUGUAUGUUA